UAGUUUGUUAUUCUCCCAAGAUUACUCUCUCUACUUCAUUAACAUUACACAGCCCCCUCAGUUUAUCUAACGUUUUCUAUUAAAAAUGUGAGCUGAAUACGAAAUUACUAUUAAACCCAAUUAAGGAAUUAAUCUAACCAAAUCCGCCCAAAUAUUUUAUUGAUAAAGUCGUCAGGACACAACAGAAAAAUAUGCCUUUCAAGCUGAAAUUAAAAAAAUCGCGUCAUUACAGCGUGGUUUCAAAGUCGCUGUUCGUUAUAUCCGUGGAAAUGUUGGACGGUACAAAUAUCGAAUGUACACUCUCCUCGGAAAACAGCGGGCAAGAUUGCCUAGAUGUCGUGUGCCAGAAGCUCGGACUGAACCAACCAAAGUUUUUCGGAUUACAAUAUUUAAGUCGAUAUAAGGAGCCUACUUUGUGCUGGUUAGAAUUAGAUCGCCCAAUAAAACGGCAGCUGGACAAGCACGCUAAGAGUUUGUCAGUUUAUUUACGUGUGAUGUACUAUGUUGUAUCAGGAUGUCGAUUGCUAAACGAUGAAGUUACAAGGUCUCAUUAUUUUCUGCAAUUGAAAAUGGAUGUAAUUGAGGGCCGUAUAUGGUGUAAUCCGCAACAGGCAGUCGAAUUGGCAAGCUACUGUAUGCAAGCCGAAUUUGGUAAUUUCGAUGCUGAACGUCACACAGCACACUAUCUGAAAGAUUUUCAAUUGUUUCCAAAGAAUUUCACUGACUCGUGUUUAUUAGAAUCGUUAACCGAGGCAGCUAGUCGUCAGCAUGCUCUUUUACAUAAUUUACCACAAGGGACAGCAGAAGAAUAUUACAUCUGCGCUUGCCAACGACUAGAUGGUUAUGGGCAGGAAAUAUUUGCAGUCAAAGAUAGUGCGGGAGAAGAGGCAAUUAUAGGCGUUUCGCUGACCGGGAUUACCGUUUCGUACGCCACCGGCAGAGAGGGACGAAGCUAUGGGUGGGUCGAUAUUAGUAAUGUAAUUAACCAUAAGAGGGAUUUCACUAUCGAAUCUGUAGUCGGUUCUGAUAAAGCAGAGUUUCAUUUUGCCGAUGUGGAAACGGCAAAAAAUAUGUGGCGGUUUUGUGUCCUACAACAUAUGUUCUUUCGAGAAUUUGAAAUGGAGGCCAAUACUGAGACCAGCGAUAAAGAUCCACCAGUUUUUCAGCAAGCCAACCCUGAGGGCAACUUACGGAAAUUGGACAGUUAUGAAGAUAUAUCGACAACUUCACAACGAUCUUCACACGCAUUAACUCUUCGAGCUCAGUCAACGUCGUGCCUGGAUUUGAAUACUCCCACCGACAUCGAUAAAUUACGAAGUUUACUUCCAUCAUACAGACAGGCCCCAGACUAUGAAACUGCGGUCCAACAGAAAUAUCGCAACUCAUCAAGUGCAAUUCAAAAUCGAGAACCUUUACACAACACUCACGCUAUUUUGUACAGUUCACAACCAGAAAUACACCAAACCGAUGGUUACUCCUCCCACCUGUGUUACCCGGAUGUAACUCACAAUAACAUUGAGCAGAAAAAUUUGAUAUCCACACUUUACAGUGCACCAUACACACAAUCACAAGGCAUGGUCAAUUUAACCGAAAGCAUGGGACUUUUACACCUUUAUAAACCUCCACCCCCAUACCCGAGCAAUAGAAUUAACUCAAAUUCUACUCCAGAUUUAGCUGGGCUUACGCAACAACACAACACUCAAAUUAGUUACAUUAAUAACAUUGUCUCCGGAUCUAGUCCUGAUUUAGUAUCAAAUGGAAACAUCAUCAAUCAGCAGUAUUUAAAACAGUACGGUCAAGCGCUUUACCCACAGCAACAAACUGAUCCCGUCCAUCGAUCGCACAGCUACCUAUCUGCACCUCAAGGACUGCCCCAAGCUGUAAUCGUCGAUAAUCCAAAUGUAACGAAACAUAUUAAAAAGGUUUAUGACGAACAUGGCAAUAUAAUCUACUGUAUGCCCGCAAAUAUGAAACAAAUACUGCAAGAGAAUAAACUACCAAGUACAGGGUUCGUAGUAACACGCAACCAAAAUGCGGUUGUCACACACGUUCAAGACUUGAAUAACUCCUGGGAGCCAAUCUACGAAAAUAUUCCACUCCCUUGGCAAAACGACGGUGGGGAAAUGCGAUCGCGUACCCAAAGCGUACAGUCGGCCCCAGAAAUUAGUCAAAUACUAAAUCAUACCCUAAUAAAUAACAUGACGGCUAACAUGCAACACUCAAAUGACAAAUCGAAUCGAGAAAACCUAUACGCCAACAUAAACCGAAGCGGAAAUAGUAAUAAGUCUUCCAAAAAUGAUUUGGUCGGUAGUACCGGAAGCUUAAUAAAUCAAUCGUCUUCGCAAAACUUGACACAAAUUUCCACGAGCACCGCUUUUAGUAAUAGUUCCACCGACACGUCCAUGACCAAGAUGAAUAAUACAUUUACAGUUGGUAAAUCGGCGAUGAGCACUCCUCUACCGGAAAGUAACACCAGUAGUGAGAUCAUUAGCGAUAUCAGCAACAGCUCGGGUAACAGUUCAGGUAAGACAAAGAGGAAACGAUGGGGUAUCUUAAUGGGCAGGAGUAAAUCAAACGAAAAAGUGAAAAGUGCGACGUUGGGAAGAGAGAAAGAGAAAAACAAGGAAAAGAACCAAACCAACCGUCAUAGGUGGUCGACAGGUCUACCGCGUUUGUAUCCGUUACCACCUUCGAUUAGUAAGGAAACAAUGUGCCAAGUCUUAGAAAAUAAGCUUGCCGAUAGUCAGUUGUUUUUCGAAUUUGACAAGAUACCUAAGAAGAAGCAGAACGCCGAUUUUACCACCGCCUUGCACCUCGACAAUGCGAAGUACAAUCGUUACAAGGACGUCUUGCCCUACGAAGAUAAUAGGUUAAGAUUGACUCCGACUCGAGAAAAUAAAUUUGGAUACAUUAACGCGUCGCAUAUUACCGCAACAGUUGGCAGUAAACAACGAUUCUAUAUAGCAAUGCAAGGACCUACGAAGCUUACGAUACCACAUUUUUGGCAAUGCGUUUGGGAAGCAGAGGUAUACCUUUUAGUGCAGCUCACUGAACUUUUGGAAGAUAUUAAUUAUUUACCAAAUGCGGAACAACGCUGUAUUGAUGCUAGUCAGGACUAUCAAAUUUGGUGGGAGUUCUCCCAAAAAACCGGCCAUUGCAUAACGAGUAAAAUACGUCUGUGCCAUGUUUCGUCGCGUCGAUAUAGAACUUUAUGGCAUCUUCAUUAUACCGAUUGGGGCGAGCACGGCUGUCCACAAUCGGUGUCACAUUUCCUCGGAUUUUUGGAAGAGUUACAGUCGGUACAGCAACACUCGUUAGAGGAAAUACCACCGGGACACAACAAAAAUCCUCCGGUUCUCGUGCACUGCACCGCAGGCGUUGGGAGAACUGGUUUGACAGUAUUGGCAGAUCUUUUACUUUACACGGUAGAUCACAAUCAGGAGGUGGAUGUAGCUAGAGUCGUCGGUCUGUUACGUCACCAACGCCCAUUUAUGGUACAAACAAUUGCUCAAUAUCGUUUCGUGUAUUCACUUCUCAUUCAUUAUUUAAAGCAAACUCGCCUUAUAUGAGUAAUAUGAGUGCCAUGAACCAGUUAUUAAUCACUUUAAUUGAUUUGUCAUAAUCAUAACAACGUACUUAAAUUUUAAACAUUUAUUUAUAUGUAUUUUAAAAAAGUAUUAACACUGAUGUGCGUUUUUAACAUGAUGUUUUGAAGUAAAAGAGGCUGUGUAGAAUACUA